UGAACGCUGAGCGACGGCUAAAGACAGCAGCUAACAUUACAGCAAUUUCCCUUGUUUUGUUUAUUAAAGAAUGAAAAAUGGACAACUCUCCUGCCUCCUAUAUUCACAGGUACACCGUUAUCGCUUUUUAAUCGGGAGGCAGAGCUCUAGCUCCGGUUACAGGUAUGAACUCUCUGGUUGGAUACGGAGUGUCCUCUGACUCCGACAGCGAUGGCGCUGCAGAGGAUGUAAACAGUGACAAAGCUGGCUCUGGGAAAACGUGUGAAGAGGAAGCGCCUUUUAAAAAGACCCGCAACUUUUUGCUGGAGUCUGGUUCCGCUUCCAGUGAAUCGGAGGCAGAGGACGAGGAUCCAGAGCCCUCACCACCACCCACUUCGGCAGCCCGACCUUCCAAACUGCCUACUCCUUCGCUGGACUCCAUCACCUCUAAAAAACUGCCCUCUCCACCGCUAAAUGCGUCAUCUGACAGCAGCGUGUUUGCCAACCCAUUUAAGGCUCAAGCAGACCAGAAGCUCAGCGCCCUGCAGAAGCACGUCCCCCUCACCAUGCAGGCCAAACCCUCCCAGAUAGGAGGUAAAAGGAUAUGCGUGUCCUACAGGAAAGAUGGAAGGUGCAGGUUUGGGAUCAAAUGUAAAUUUGCUCAUGACAGUGACCUCCAGAAGCCAGUCAUCUCCACUGACUGUCAUCCACCUGAGAGUGAAGAGACACCAGAAACUGGAGGCAGUUCAUCUGGCGGAAGGUCCCAGAGGGAAACAAAAGAGGACGAGCCAGAAGGGCAGCAUGUGAAGAAGAAGAGGGUCGGACUGAGUGACAGCUUGAUUCCUCCUAAAAGAGCUAUGAAGCAAUAUACGAUGCAAAGGAACAGAGAGCGAGCCAAUAUGUCCUGACUCACUUAUAGUUACAUUAUGUCUUCCAGACACUUUGAUUCAAUACUACUUAUAUCCCACGUACAGAGUAGGAGCCUGCCUAAUAAAAUUUAAACACUCUGAUGCAAAGA